AUGGGUCCUUUUGAAAUCGUUUUCACCGUGGUUCCCGCGGUCGGGUUGCAUAACCUCUUGGCCUUUGUAAUCCACGCAAUCAGCGUAACGCUCGAUGUCGAGCUGCAGCGUCUCUGUCUACUGCGAAUUCCGCUAUGCUGUGUGGGAAACAAGGUUACGGUCUUCCCAUCUUCAGCGAAGGCAUCCUAGGAGAGACGUUUUCAAGUGCUGGAAAAGAGUCUCGGCGGGAUGGACUUGGAGAUGGAUUAAAGUGGGCUCUAAUAAGGCUUUCGUGGACUUUUUAGAGGUGGCGUGUGGAUACUUCCUGCAGGCGGCUUUAGGAGUAGCUCUGGUGAAGGACGAGUCGUUGUUGGGACAUGACGCUAUGCUCGAUUAUGAAACCCGCUACCACUAGCACAUGAGUGUCAACUACAAAGAUUGAACCUUCCAACUACUCUCUCUGCUCUCUCUAAUCUUGAAUCCCGCUCCUACAAGGUGCCAUCGUUCUGUUCGUCCUCUGGUUCUUCGCUACGCCAAAGGCAGCCAUCUACGUGCCUCAGAAAGCACCUGAAGAUCCUACUGGCAUAACCAACGUGAAAUUCGAGAAGGUUAAGGGUACCUGCAACUGAUCUCUGACAGCAACAUCUUUGAGCCCAGACUCUUAGGUUCUGGCAAUAUAAUGGCCAAUUUGAUGCUUUCCAUCCACAUCGACAAAUCAAGACACAUCGACGUUGCAUUUUUCACCUCAGGUUAGUAUGUGAAGGCUAAGGGUACCUGAUCUCUGACAGCAGAGAUGUUGCUGUCAGAGAUCAGGUACCCUUAACCUUCUCGAAAGGUGUCUGAUCUCUGACAACAACAUCUUUGAGCCUCAGCAUGAAAAGUGCUAAAAGAUGUUCUACUAAGAGAUGGGAAGUCGGUACCUCCAAGAAGGGGUCUGGUACAGGCGAAGGCAGAGUAUGGACCUGUGAUCCGAAAGGGACUUUGCCCCAACGUUUUGCAAAAGAAGGACCAGCAUCGAAAGAGUUCUUUCCACCAUGCUUAUGUUAAACGUUGGAAAGAUUUGUACUAAGUAGAUGUUGAGCAGUGGUUAGUUUCAAAGAUAUUACAUACGUCUACCGAACGUUAUAGACGGAAGUCAGUACUUGGAUAGAAGUCAGUACUUGGAUAGAAGUUACGUUGUACUAGAAGUCAGUACUUGGAUACUUUCUUAGAUUAUAGGGUAGUUUAGGUUUACAUUUUACCUGAUGCUCUAACCCCCACCGUCGAAGAGAUCCUGCAGCGAGCGGCCCAGUCCUACCCAGAUCAUGUUGCUCUGGCGAUCGAACGACCAGCACCCAAGAAAAUUGGCGAGAAAAAGGCGCCUUCCAUCCCUUGGGACCAGUGGACCAAGUGGACCUAUGCAGAAUUUUAUAAGCUAUGGCGCAGUUCUUGUUGUCAGACUGUCUCCGUCUGAUUGAUUCUGAUGUUGGGGCGCUCCGCCGGCCUGUCUCUCUACACCUCGUGUGAAGGAGAUAGAAAGGCAACCUAUCCUAUCCUAUCCUAUAAGUGAACGUGCACAGUUAGAAGAUGCAAUCUCAAAAAUCAACUACGACUUUCUAACCCCCGAAUCCGUGGCCGCCGCUGCCGCUUUUUGUGAACUUGGUGUGGAGAUGCACGGUGCGGUUGCUGUUUGGGGUUUCAAUUCCCCUGAGUGGCACAUGACGUUUGCUGCUGCAGCCAUCGCGGGUGCCAAGAUGGCUGGGGUAUAUCCUACAUUAUGAGAAUAACGGACUCAUUCAAUAAAAGUGGGUUGUGAAAAACACAAGUUGAAGUUUUCUUCUGACAUUUGAGACACGGGACAUCUUCUAGGAGAUCCAUAAUUUAAAACCUUUAUAAGAACAACAAGGUUCAUUUAUUGCGACUCAUUUAUUGCGACUUCCGAAGUAGUUCGUAUGAUUUGAACAGUACUAUUGAACCUCUAACAGCUGACAGUUUCGACAACAUGGUCUACAAAGUGAAGCACAGCGGAGCACGCGUUGCAGUGGUGGAAGGAAAGAAACAGGUCGAUACCUUGCUCAGCGCGAAGGUUGAGGGGCUUAAUACCAUCGUUUUCUAUGACCCAGAAGGCGGCGCAACGGAAGGAGAGCAGAAUGGAGUUAGUAUCAUCGCGUGGAAGACACUGGUGUCAGGCAAGUACUGCCCAAAGGGUGAAGAAGCAGUCAGGUAUCUUUCGAAGCGACGAGCGAGUCUCCAGGUUGGCCAUUGCUGCUGCUUGGUCUACACGAGUGGCACAACUGGCAUGCCGAAAGCAGUGAUGUGCAGCCAUGAUGCUAUCACGAGCACAGUAUUGAUGACAUUCGUUCUUCUUUUUAUGAUUUGCUUCGAUCAUGUACCUGUGGUUUAGUUUGUUUCGUUCUCUUUUUUCUCUGUGAUGGUGGGUUGUUGUACUCUUGUUCUAGUACAAACAUCGGAUAGUACACCUCAGGGCGGCUUAGCUCUUCACGAGUUGAAGAAUAUGACGGGCAAACUGAAAGGCCCACAGCGUGCCCUUUCCUACCUGCCGCUGUCACACGUCGCUGGGCUGAUGUUGGAUAUUGUCGCACCCAUGGUUCUCACAGCCAGAUACCCACUGCCGAUGACGGUACCAAUGAAUAGCCCUAGUAAACCCAAUGCGCGUAGACGUACGAAGUGACAACUCCUCAUAACGUGAUAUUAUAGCCCUUCUUGCUUCUUCAACCUCUGCAUACUACAUUCUGACUCGUCUCACUCCACAUCAACAUCCCACCACCACCUUCACAACAGAUCUACUUCGCACGCAAAUACGACAUGUCCGAAGCAACUAUUGUGGAACGUAUAUCUUUUGUGAGACCUACGAUUUUCCUGGGCGUUCCCCGAGUAUGGGAGAAAUUAGCGGAGGGGAUGAAGGCGGUUGGUGCUAAAGUGAAGCCACCUAUUUCGUGGCUGAGUGCCUGGGCAAAAUUAUGAUUUGAUCCCUUUUGGAUUUGGAUAAUUGAUCUUAGUUCUUGUGUUGAUUGUCGUACUGACCACACUCGACUAUAUUGAUUGCUUUAUCACAACGAACUGGAAGAUCUAUCCAAUCCCAACAUUUUCCCGGCCUCAACUCUCUGUUUAUGGUCGUUCUUUUACUCUACGCAGAUACAACUAGAAUUGGAACAAACUAAAAGUAAAAUUUGGAAAUUUGCAUUCUCAUUGAUGGUCUUGUUCCCGUUCCCCUUCCCCAGAAACAAAUGCUCUUUCUUCUAAUGGCCGCCAAGUGUCUAGUCCACAGUCGUAACUGUCAACUUGGCGGAUCUGGGGCUUACCCGUUGAAAUGGAAAGUAGCAAACUUGGUGACUGGUGGAGUCAGAAAGAAGAUUGGUCUAGACCAGCUACAAUUUUUAAGGCUUCCCCUACUGGUCCAUCUUCAGCGAAGUAAGCCAUCUCUUUGAAAGACACCCUGAAGAGUCUGCCUUUCAAAGGGAAAGUUACCGAGGGUGUAUCUUCUCGAGAUGCUUAGAUUAUGGUAAGCUCUAAAAUUCGCCUUCACAGGCGCGGCGCCUAUGAAUCCCGAGACCUUCGAAUACUGGGGAAGUCUGGGCGUGAACAUCUACGAGCUUUUCGCAAUGUCUGAGAGCACAGCGAUUUGCACGGUAUUUGGAAGAAGAAGUUUUUACCUAGUGGAGUACUUAGACAAAAAGCUUUCUCAUCUUUUUCAGGCACUUGAUAGGGAUAGACUUUCUUCUCACUCUCCAGAUUUCUUCUCCACGUGCGGCCACUUGGGGUUCGGUUGGUUUCGCCUGUCCUGGUGUCGAGGUCAAGUUAUGGCAUGUUGAUACCACGAGAACUGUAGGUCAAGUCUGUCAAGAAGAGAACUGUUUCACUUCGCUGAUGAUUGAGAAUGGUCAUUUGAGAUGUUGCACUGAUGAUGAUUAUAACAAACGAUCCCAAUGAUCUCUUUGAGCGAUCACUUGAGACGCACUCAUUCCCCCACACGGCAUCUGUCUAACCCCUAUCCUGAACGCUGACAAGCCAGGCGUCGCUGUACCACGUGCAAAGGACUUGUUUCAUCCCACGGAAGCGGAACAGGGUGAGCUCUGUUAUCGUGGCAGGAACAGUAUGAUGGGGUACAUGGCCAACGGCGCGUUUGGCAAAGAUCAUGUUGCGGAACUCCAAAAAAAGACAGCCGAAGCCAUUGACCCAGACGGAUGGAUUCACUCGGGAGACAAGGUGAACUACUUAGAAAAAUCCAUGUUAUUCCUUACUUGGUCGUUCUAAGUAGAUAUGUUUUUUCCCUCUCAUUGUCAUUGUCAUUGUCUUUCUAGUUGCUUCAUCUAGUGUUUUUUCACUCUCAUUGUCAUUGUCAUUCUUUGAAUGUGUUUUUUCACUCUCAACAUUGUCAUUCUUUCUUACUAGUUGCUUCAUUCCUCUUGACCACUCCCUCACAGGCCUGCCUCUCGAAAAACGGCAUGUUCCGCAUCACUGGACGUUACAAAGAACUUAUCAUCACUGCGGGUGGUGAGAAUAUCGCGCCGGUGCCCAUAGAAAAUUGGGUACAGGCGAACUUUCCGGCAAUCUCCAAUAUCAUGAUGGUGGGCGACAAGAAGAAAUACAACACCUGCUUGAUCACGUUGAUUAUGAUAAGAUAGUCUUGAAGUUUUUAUAGUUUUGAAGUUUGAGGUCUGAAGGAAGCAUUUGAUGUUUGUCAAGAAGCACUCGCACUCCAGUACAAUUGAUAGGAUACAUCACAAGACUGACGUGUACUAAUUUUAAGAGGUGCAACUUCUACUACAGAUUAUUCACAAUGUCAACAUCCUCUGUUCUAUCUUCUAGGUCAGCAACCUCUAAUCCCAAAAGUGUCGGUGCUACCGGAUUAGAGCCGGGCACGGAUCAGCUGACUCCUGAAGCCUCGGCACUGCUAGGGGGUGUCAAGACUAUCAGCAAGGCUCGAUCUGAUGCAGCUGCCCUCGCUUAUUGCGAGAAGGCGCUCAAAGCGGUAAACGCGGAAGCUUCGGUGGUGCCUAGUAAUGUUACGAGUGGAGUUUAUAUUUGCAAAAGACUAGGUAGGCCUAAAAACGCUGUUCUUUCAGAAGACUUCGUACUAAUAAUAGUAAAUAUUCGUAAGAGGGUUCUUCACAAACAUUUGCUUCUAAGUACGAUCUUCAGGCAAAUAGAAACUUCUAGAAAUACUCAAAAAAUUGUAGGAGGCCAAUUCUAAGAAAGCCUGCAAAAUCCAGAAAUUCAAGAUCCUGCCACUGGAUUUCUCUGUCGAAGGAGAGGAGCUGACGCCGACUUUGAAGUUGAAGCGCUCUUUCGUGAUGAGCAAAUACAAGACUUUGAUUGAUGAGAUGUACUAGGAAUCAAGUACAAGACUUGACGAGAUGUACAGCUAGAAGGAGUGAUGAUGUACAUUUUUUCGAGUCCGAAUGUAUUAUACUGAUUUACAACUAGAAUUGUACACUAAGAAUCAUCAUAUUGUUGUUGUAUGCAUUUUAUUUAUAGGGUAUAUACGGAUGUAGUACUAGUACAACCAGGUGUAGGUGGACACAGGGUACGAUAAGUUUGCAUGUCUGUGACCACUUUCGAUGAGGCAGCAAUGUCUGAGAUGCAAAAGUGUAGUUGCCGGAAUCUGGAAGAUGUCAUAGGAUGAAGCGUGGGCUACGAUGAAUGAAUAUAGAAAGAGGAGUGGAUCGCGGUGACCGACACAAAAAAACACACUACCCCAUAAACCUUUUUACGUUUUUCAAAUCCCUUUGGAGAACACUGCCAGGACGAUCAUAAGCUCAACAUAGGCCACAUCCUUGGAGAAUACUGCGAUGAUGAUGAUUAUGAUAAGCUGAGCAUCGGCCACAUGGCCCGAGAGAUAUUUCCAACUUAGACACCUUCUGCGG